UCCAAAAGAUGGACCUGGCGGCCUUCCCAAAACGCAAUGGAAAAUUUUCUUUCCUUUCCAUCAGACAGUAUGGUUGCAGCCACCUUUACUGUUGCCGUCUUGAUUAUCCUCUGGCUAUCAAGAACCCUACUAGUAGCUAAGAAAAAGAAAGAAGCUCCAGAAGCUGGUGGCGCGUGGCCACUCCUCGGCCAUCUUCAUCUCCUCGGAGGACCAGAGCUGCCGCACAUCACACUGGGAAACAUGGCCGACAAAUAUGGUCCAGUCUUCACUAUCAAGAUGGGAAUACAUAAAACAUUAGUCGUAAACAAUUGGGAAUCUGCUAAAGAAUGUCUCACCAGUAAUGACAGAGCCUUCGCUAACCGUCCCAAAUCUCUAGUUACGGAGCUUUUAGCUUACGAUCGCUCAAUGUUUGGUUUAAGUUCAUACGGCCAUUACUGGCGUCAAAUGCGCAAGAUCGCCACGCUCGAGCUUCUGUCUAGCCACCGUCUAGAGAUGCAGCGACAUGUACGAGAAUCUGAGGUGAGAACCGCUUUGAAAGAGCUCUACGGAGCAUGGGACAAGGAUCAGAAAAGCUCGUCAGAGAGUAGGGUUUUGGUGGAUAUGAAGAGAUGGUUUGGUGACAUAACUUUAAAUGUAAUUCUCAAACUUAUUGUUGGGAAAUCUGUUGGAUAUGUGACUACAAAUGAACGGAGCGACGAAGAAUGGAAACAAGCGCUGAGGGAUUUCUUUCAUUUGGCCGGAAUGUUCGCGGCGGCCGACGCGGUGCCAUUUCUGAGGUGGUUGGAUAUUGGUGGCCAUGAAAAGGCUAUGAGGGAGACUGCAAAAAAACUGGACAUUGUUGCUCAACAAUGGCUGGAAGAGCACAAAGAGAAAAAGAAUUCCGGCCGAAGAGAAGGGGAUUUUAUGGAUCUGAUGCUUGAUCUUAUUGACCAGGAAGCAGAAGCAACACUUGGUCGCCAUUCUGAUACAAUUAACAAAGCCACAUGCCUGAAUCUUAUUUUGGCAGCAGCAGACACAACAUCAAUUCCUUUAAUGUGGGCUUUGUCAUUAUUAGUGAACAACCCUCAUAUCCUCAGUAAAGUUCAACAUGAAAUAGAUAAUUACAUCGGCCUGGAAAGACAAGUACGUGAAACUGAUACUAACAAUUUGGUUUAUUUAAACGCAAUAGUUAAAGAAACACUGCGUUUAUACCCCCCUGCACCUCUUUUAGUUCCACAUGAGUCCAUAGAGGACUGCACCGUAGCUGGUUACCAUGUCCCACGAGGCACGAGACUACUUACCAAUGUUUGGAAGAUUCAUCGCGACCCGAAAAACUGGUCGAAUCCUUUUGAAUUUCAACCGGAGAGAUUUGUUACGAGUCAUCAAGAUUUUGAUGUGAGAGGUCAACAUUUUGAGUUAAUACCAUUUGGCAGUGGGAGACGAAUGUGCCCUGGAAUUUCUUUUGCACUUCAGGUUGUGCAAUUGACGUUAGUUGCGUUACUUCAUGGAUUUGAUUUUUCAUCGCCGACGAGUGAACCGAUCGAUAUGACCGAAAGUCCUGGGCUGACUAACCUUAGAGCAACGCCACUUGAAGUUCACAUCAAUCCUCGCCUUAAAUCUCAUUUAUAUCAGUAAUUAAAAGUUCAAAAAUGCAUUUGUUAAUGAUUCGUGUACCAAGUCGUAACAAUUGGUUAUCAUUGUAUAUCUAUAUUAAAGUUCACUUUAAAUGUUUUUUUAGUAUUCAUCUAUAUAUUGUACGUGUUAUAUUUAUAAUACUCCUUCUGUCAUUUUUAUA